GAUAUUUCUGUUACUUUUCGGGUGUGCGGUGCUUUGUAUGACCCGCCGUGUUUCAGGCUCAUAAGUUAUUUCGGAAGACUUGUGAUCUAGCAGCACUGGACCGGCACAGUGCGACCCGCUCGCUAAGUGGCCGGCUGACGAGUCUCGCGGACAGGUACGUGUGACGUCACGGCGCUUCCUCGCCGCCGCUGCCCCGUUUCCCCUCGCGACGCCGCUCCAGCCGCCGCCGCCGCCGCCUGGCCGUGGACGCCCGCGCCGCCCACCAUUUUUCAAUGUAGCUAACUGGCUAACAUCAUGACGGGCAUCGCCGCCGCCUCCUUCUUCUCCAACACCUGCCGGUUCGGGGGCUGCGGGCUGCACUUCGAGAAUCUGAACGAGCUCAUCGUUCACAUCGAGGACAACCAUAUCGACACGGAUCCCCGCGUGCUAGAGAAACAGGAGCUGCAGCAGCCAACGUACGUCGCUCUCAGCUACAUCAACAGGUUCAUGACUGAAGCUGCCCGUCGAGAGCAGGAAACCCUCAAGAAGAAGAUCCAGCCCAAACUAUCUCUGCCUCUGACAGGCGGUGUAUCCCGAAACAGUGUGUCGACACCCCCCCGGCACAGCAGUGGCAGCCUGACCCCACCCGUCACUCCACCCAUCACUCCCUCCUCCUCCUUCCGUAGCAGUACUCCUACAGGCAGCGAGUACGAUGAGGAGGAGGUGGACUACGAGGAGUCGGACAGCGACGAGUCCUGGACCACCGAAAGUGCGAUUAGCUCCGAGUCCAUCCUGAGCUCCAUGUGCAUGAAUGGGGGGGACGAGAAGCCUUUCGCCUGCCCCGUUCCCGGCUGCAAGAAGAGAUACAAGAACGUUAAUGGCAUCAAGUACCACGCCAAGAACGGCCACCGGACGCAGAUCCGGGUGAGGAAGCCCUUCAAGUGCCGAUGCGGGAAGAGCUACAAGACGUCUCAGGGCCUCCGGCACCACACCAUCAACUUCCACCCGCCCGUGUCGGCCGACAUCAUCCGCAAGAUGCAGCAGUAGUGCUGGUCGCCGUGCCAACUCAUCACACCAGCCUCCACCCCCACCCCGAGACCUUCCCCAACACUACAGUCGUACUGCAUGCUUUAACUGUUCCCAUUCGUUUCCCGUCUGUAAUCUGAAAUGGUGGAUUCCUGCAGAUUUAGUGGUUUUUAUACAUUUGCACACUUGUUAGCGUUACGUAUUUCUGCCGACUUUGUCAUUACGGUGCUAAAUGUUUGUUAAAAAAAAAAAAAGAAAAGAAAAAAAAAAACUAUGAAACGUAUCUUGGAGACAAAAUAGCAGCUGUGAGACCAGCCCGAUCCCUGACGCCAUCCCGAUGGGCACAGGUCACGGGAGGGCGCUGGGGCACGAACGGAGGGGAGAUUGACCAAUGGCGAGUUAGGGGGUUGGGAAUUAACGUCUCCACUCAAACUCCAUCAUUCCAACAGAAAGUAGUCUGGUAGUCGGCUAUCUAGGGUUAGCUUAAACAGCAAGCCAGUCGGAAUGUUUAUAAUCGACGUUAGUUAUUAUCUGGUAUAUGGCAAAUGUAUGUGAAAAUUAUGCCUUCAGAAUCAGUUUUGCAAUGUAUGCUUUAUUUCCCCGUUUCAUUCUGUAGCAUAUUUUACUCGCGAUACUUUGAGAGCAUUUUAGGCUUAAAAGCUGCUUAAAUAUUUAAAUUUUUUAAUUAUUAUUUUUUAAAGUUUAUCAGACCCAGAUAGUUAUGACUUCUCUGUGUUUGAUGCCAAAAGACGAUCUCAGGUCAAUCGUUUUGCCAGCAAUCGAGAAACGUGAUUCUGCCCAAACAUUCCCGCGACAUCUGGACCGAACAGUUUUCCUGGGAAUCCCCCACACGCGCGGCCCUGGUUUUCCCUCCUGAGGGCAGUUGGAGGACGGUCGUCCCCCUCCCCCCUCCCUCACCUGGAUGAAGUCUUUUUAAAGCGUUUUGUUGUUUCCGUUGCCAACGACCCGCAGGGCUGCAGUGUGCCUGGGAGCCCGCAGUCCCGCAGGGAUGCAGUGUGCCUGGGAGCCCGCAGUCCCGCAGGGAUGCAGUGUGCCUGGGAGCCCGCAGAUCCGCAGGGCUGCAGUGUGCCUGGGAGCCCGCAGAUCCGCAGGGCUGCAGUGUGCCUGGCAGCCCGCAGUCCCGCAGGGCUGCAGUGUGCCUGGCAGCCCGCAGUCCCGCAGGGCUGCAGUGUGCCUGGGAGCCCGCAGUCCCGCAGGGCUGCAGUGUGCCUGGGAGCCCGCAGACCCGCAGGGAAAACAAAACUGACCCGAGAGCUAUCAGCCCGGCAGCACUGCUGUCGACACGCGUUUCAUCUGUCCCCCCCCCCCGUCCCAUGACUCCCUAGUAGGCCGUGCAUUUACCCGAUCUCUGACAGCCUUGUAUUUUCUAUCUCUGCAUUCCAGUAUAUGCCUAUGUAGCUUUAUGGUGAAACUUCGUGGAGUAUUUAGUUUGAACCUUAUCGAUUAGUAUUCUGCCCGUUUCGUGCAGCACGAGGUGUCUGUUUUAUCACAGCCCUGCCUCCUUUGGAAGGCGUCCGUACGGCGUGGAUAGGGACGCGGCGGUACGGUGAGAAAGCAUUCGUCCGCUAAGAGUGCUCUUCUCAGCGCCGUCCUGCGGAGGCGACAGGCCCGUCUGACACUCUCCAGCAACCCAUCGCUGCAUGAUUAUGAAUAUUGUUAAGGAACUCGGUCAUACUUAGCUUAAUUUUGUGACAGUAUUAUACAGCAGGUUUGGAGGGGGCUAUUUUGAUAUAUUGUGUAUAGUGAAUGUAUUGUUACGUCUCCUGUAAGUGCUUUAAAUUAUAUUUUCGUAUGUGUGUAGAGAAUAAUGUACCAGUAUGUAUGAAGGCAAAAAGAGGAUAUGUUUUGGAACCGAAGGUGAUAUAUUCUGUCAAACUUUCCUUUAAAAAGCUGCUUCUUAAAUGUAAAUCUUAUUAAAUUUUAAAGUAUGAAAGGC